AUGCAGAUCAUUGCUGUAAUAGUCGCCCUCAUCACCCUAUCCGUUGUCUUCUAUUCCUUCUUGCGACGUUGGAAGAUUCAGGGCAAGAGCCCUCGCUAUGUUCCUACAAAGUUCUUGAAGAGCAAAUGGCAGACGUGGACUCCCGGUGGGAAGUAUUCUGCUGUUCGGAACCGAGAUCUCUUGUCCACAAGUACGGCAUACAAUGGCAACGACGUUGGAGGCGCAGAACCCGCAACCGGAGUCGACCGCAAUACCAGCGUCAGAAGCGUCAUCACCCUACCUGCCUACUCCCACACGCCAAAGGACACAGAGCAGGUCUUGGGUCGAGAAGGGGAGAGGGAGGGAAUGGAUACAGUCAUAGAGUUCCCCGAAACCCAGGAGGAAGAGGAAGCACGGCGAGAAGACCUGAUGGACUCACUUUAUCAGAUCCGCUUAGCUCGUCGGCGUGAAAUAGCCGAACGAGAAGAACGUCGGCGCGAGAGAAGAGAAGCUCGAGAAAGGGGGGACACGGCACGCUUAGAAGAGUUGAGGCGACAAUCUCAGCGGCGGGCCAGCGAGAGUGUCAGUUCUCUGAACGGUGGAGUCAGCCUUUCCGCUGCAACUCUCCUCGCUGAACACCAAUCUCGCGGACGAGAAACACGAGUGUCAAGUGUUGCAUACGGUUCGCUCGGAGAGGUCCGACACGAUGGUACCAGGAUCCGGGCAAACAGCAAUGACUCGGAGCGAGGCGGCCUGCUGAGCGGAGCGGCACCCAUGGGCGAAUUGGAAGGACGCCCUCGACAGCUUUCCGAUGCGACUUCAAUAUCCACUAUAUCCCGACCGCAUACUCGCGAUCCUUCCAUCAGUGGAAACAGUGUAUCCACCGUGGGUUCGGAUAUAGAGCCUCAAGCAACUCCAGUCUCCCUCCGCCCUCGCAGCUCUCACAGCGAUGGGCCUCGAAGCAACACGACAGAUUCAUCGCCCACAGCGAACAGAUUCACGCCGGAUGAAAGUACUGGGUCCGACGACAUCGGCGAGUCUCGCAUACCGCAUGAUGACCUGGACGAAGUAAACCGACCGCCAGACUAUGAGAUCCAUGAGUGGGGUGAUGCUCCUGCGUAUGAGCUUGCUGUCGCUCGCCGGGCAGCAAGUAAUGCUGCUGCCCACGCUGCCAGGGUUCCAAGCAGGACUCCUAGCAAUGCUAUGCCCCAACUACCUCAACUCAACCUGCCAAGCAUCAGUGUCUCUGUUGCAACAGAACCGAGUACGCCUGUCACACCAGAGCCAGAGGCUAAUACGCCUUCAGCUACGACAGGUGAGCGCCACUAG